AUGAGCAAACUUACAAGACGGGUCAUAGAGUCUCACUCUUCCAGGGAGACCCAGGAUACAAGUCAUAGCCGCGUUCCGCCACCAGAUUGCAUAUCUCCAAAUCCGUCCAAUUCAACCUUCAGUGACUUUAAAAAGAUGGCUGAAUAUACCCUAACAUCUCCAACCGCGAAUGAAGAGAUUAAUAAACGAUUAAGGUCGCAGAAUAUGCGAGAUGUGAAGCUCGGGAGUAUACAGUUUAUAUUUUAUAAGACGUUAUUGAUUAUUCUUUAUGGAAUGUAUGCUUGCUACAGAUAUUUUCAAUACCAAUACAACAGAAUAAGGAUUAAAUUAUUGAAUUUGGCAUACUCACCAUCUAAUACCCCUCAGUUGAUUAGACAAGACGUGAUGAAGCUAAAAAAGAUACCCAAAAGACUAGCUACGAUAUUAGAGUACAAAUCCGAGGGAGAAGUAGGAGGUGGGGUUAAUGGAUUAAUAAAUGAUGGGAGUAAUGUUGUAUGCUGGUCUGUUUCCGCUGGUAUUAAACACGUUACUUUAUACGAUUAUGAUGGAGUGUUAAAACGUAACGUUCACAAGUUCAGACAAGGCAUUCAUGACAAUUUGGCAAGAUAUUACAGUCCAACAAACGUGCCAAAGUUUUCGGUCAAGAUUCCUCAUUUUGAUACUGUUUAUUAUGGUUAUCCGGAAGAUAAUGGCGAGCCAGAAACUGGUGAAAAGACAAAACAAAAAGUCGAUAUAGAAGUCUCAUUACUCUCUGUCAGGGACGGCAGAGAGACAAUUGUGGAGCUAACUAGGGCUAUGGCAGACCUAUGCAGGUCUGGUGGCAUAAAACUUACCGAUAUCACAAUGAAACUUGUAGAUAAAGAAUUAAAUGAGCUUGUCGGCCGAGAACCAGAUUUGUUGGUCUACUUUGGUCCUCAUCUUGAUUUACAAGGCUUCCCACCCUGGCAUAUUAGGUUAACAGAGUUUUACUGGGAGGAAGACAAUGACGAAGUCAUGUAUUCCGUAUUCAUUAGGGGAUUGAUACAUUACUCAACAUGUAAGGUAAAUGUUGGAAAAUAA